AUGCAUCACCUCCCACUCCUCCUAUCAAUACUCAUCGCGAUCGCAGCCCCACUGACAGGGGCCGUCCCAUCGCAAAUCCAAACCCGGGAAUACAGCCCGAAACAAGUAUACAAAACAACGAACAAGUUCCCCCUCGCAAACCCAGGAAACAUCCCAGCCCACGACCCAAACAUCAUCUUCCACGACGAACACUACUACCUCUUCAAAGGCGGGAUCCACAUCCCAAUCUUCAAAUCAGACAAUAUAUCCGGCCCAUGGGAAAAGCUCGGCACAGUCCUAUCCGGCGACAGCAUAAUCCCGAAAGGCAACCAGUCCCGCCCAUGGGCGCCAACAACAAUCGAAAAAAACGGCACCUUCUACUGCUACUACACGCUGAGCGCGAGAGGGUCCCGCAACAGCGCAGUUGGUGUCGCAACGACAACAUCCCUCGACGGUAGUCCUUGGACAGACCAUGGUGUCGUCAUUAAUACCGGCAAGGGCGUCGGGGCUGGGGUGUGGCCGUACACGAUCACGAACGCCAUCGAUGCGUCUGUCAUCGUCGACGGGGAUUCCGGGCAGACUUAUCUCAACUACGGAAGCUUCUGGCAUGAUAUAUGGCAGGUGCCACUGGCCGAUGAUUUGCUCUCUGUUAAAGAUGCGCGCAAGCCAGAUGCUGUGCAGUUGACGUAUAUUCCGCGUGCCAAGUCUAAGCCUGAGGAGGGCUCGUGGGUGAGUUUCCGACAGGGAUUUUAUUAUGCUUGGUUUAGUCAUGGGAAGUGUUGUAAUUUCAAGGCUGGGUUCCCGGCACGCGGGAGGGAAUAUAGUAUUCGUGUUGGGAGGUCGAGGAGUGUGCGUGGGCCUUUUGUAGAUAAGAAGGGGAGACUGUUGCUUCAAGGGGGUGGGACUGUGGUCUAUGGUUCUAAUCAUGGGGUUGUGUAUGCGCCUGGUGGUUUGGGUGUCUUGGCUGGGAAUAACGAUUCCGCGUCGGAUAUUCUCUACUAUCAUUAUUUGAAUACGUCGAUUGGGUUUGGACAUGGUCAAGCCCAACUCGGCUGGAAUUAUCUGGACUAUGAGGAUGGGUGGCCAGUCCCUGUUGGAGGCCAAAAUGCCACAGCCAAUAAUAAGGCCUCACCUUUCGGACCUCCUCAUUGGAGUUAUCUAUCAAUAAUUUCCGGUUUAUGGCUGUGCAUAUGGUCAUAG